AAAGUUGUGGAUUUUAUCAUAAACUUGCUUAGUUGAUUUCGAAUUUUCGUUGCGGACAGUCGUUAAAUCAUACAUACACACAUAUAUAUCGGAGCGAAUAGGAAAAUAUUGACAUAAUUAUGCAUUAGAAAAUAUAAUUGAAUUGAAUUCGGCAUACCUUUCAUUUUUGAGCGAAAGUACUAUUAUUAAGAACAUAAUGAACAGUAACACUUCGCUGGAUAAUACAUCUGAUCAGGACUAUUCUGAAUUUCUCAACGAGUAUUUACUGCAAGCCAAUUCCCCUAGCAACGAACCUGAAGUGAAUUACGAGGAUGGUGAAAUGGAGGCAGAAUGGCUGGUUUCUGCCGGAUACCCCGAAUUGACGAAGCCAUUUGAACAAGGACUGGAGCUACGCACUACGGAACUUGAGCAUGUACUCGCUACACUUUCAAAACCACAUGCUGACGUCAUUAAACAACGCGUUCGGGCUUUGAAUCAAACAGUACGCGGACGCACAAAAAAUCGAUCUAAACGAAAGCCUGAUAUUCGUGAUGUAUUUCGCGAUUUUGAUGAGUCUAGUACGGGCACACGCUCUAGAAGUGCAACUCCAGACUCACUGGAUUCCAUACAAGGCGAGGAGGUUUGGGGAAACGCAUCUAUCCCAAGCUUUGUAAGUGUUUUUGAAAACAACGGUGGCAACGAAAUUGUUCAACCAUAUGUGGCAAAACACUUAAAGCAGAAGUUGAGACGAACACCAAGUGCGCCGCUUAAAAGUUCUACAUCUACUGAUAUAUUCCGUGGAUCACACGUACGCUGUGACAUACCUAUGCAUUCGGCGGACGGCGUUGAGUUACUUGGUUAUUCGCGGAUUGGCACUAUUCACUUACCAAGAAAUCGAUCCGGUUCGGAUCCAUCUUGCUCGGUUGGGCGCUCUCGAGGACAUCUACUUCGGGACUCGCAAAGUGAAAACACAUCUUCCGGAGAUUCUAGCGACGAGUGCACCUUGAUAACGAAUACCUCCUCAAAGAAAAUUAUUGACCAGGUGCAUGUGAAAUCUCUCAGUGUUCAAAAUUCUCCGCUUUCGCGGGAAGGUCUAAGCUUCGAAAGUAUUUGUCGCGAUACCUCUAGUCCAGAUGGGGAAGAAUCAUUAGAUAGUUAUGAUGUUGAUUUAAAAUGUUGCUCAGAUAUCGAUUCGAUAAGUGAGACCGAUCUUAAACGCCUUCAACCUAUUUUUUGGUUAGAGUUGGCCACAAUAUUCGAUCGCAACCAGGUGUCCUUAGAUAAACGAAAGCCAUUUAAACGUCGUCGUAAAGAGGAGGGUAGUCUAUUUGGAGUAUCCUUGAACGCUCUUAUACGUCGUGAUCAGCAAGUCACCGGCAAGGAUUCGACAUUAGUUCCACUGUUUUUAGAAAAUUUGCUCGACGAACUUAUAAGGCGGGGCGCCAGGGAAGAGGGUAUACUACGAAUAGCUGGGCACAAAAAUAAGACUGAAAUACUUUACAACGAAUUGGAAUCAAGCUUUUAUCAAAAGCCAGGAAAACUUUCCCAACUUCUUGUUACUGCUACAGUUCAUGAACUCAGCGCUCUUCUUAAACGUUGGCUGCGAGAGCUUCCUCAGCCGUUGCUUACCAAUGAGUUGAUUCAGCUAUUUUAUCAAUGUCACAAACUUCCGUCGAUGGAUCAAAAGAGAGCCUUAUCGAUUGUUUGCCAGCUCCUACCACACGAAAACCGCAACACCCUGCGUUCGCUCCUACGCUUUUUAAAUUAUAUAACUGAACUUAAAGAUAUAAACAAAAUGAAUCUACAUAACGUGUCCACGAUUAUUGCUCCAUCUUUCUUUCCGCCACGAUUUAUACAUCCGACAAAUAAAAAUAGUAUUGAAGAGCAAGUGAAAAUGGCAGCACAGUGUAGUCGAUUGACUAACGUUUUAAUAUUGCGUGCGGAGAAACUGUUUCAGGUAGCAAAUACCCUAAUUAUGGAAUCCAAGUGCAAGAAGGCGCGAUUGGGAAAAAAAGGAAUAUCUCGGCGAGUAAAACCGGUUAUGUCAUUAAAACAUUCAAUGAAACCAAACCCGUUACUUAUGGAGAACCACAUUAAAGACGAUUGCGGUAACAACACAGUUGAUUAACAAGUUCUUGGCGAAAGGUCUCGCACUCCAAAUCAUCUAGAUCGUUUUGUUGUCUAAGAUAGAAAUAUCUGAUUUUAAUGGGUGCGUUGAAUGCAUUUAAUUCGAUGUAUGUAUUUAAGUUUUUUAUUUAAAUAAGUUGCACAAAAAUGUUAUUAAGCUUUAAAUACAAUUAAAAACGGUUAACAACAUUAUAAA